AUGGAAAUUAAAGGAAGAGACAGGAAGAAGGAAUUAAGAGUGAUGCAGGAAGAAGUUAGGUUAGAGAAGGAUAUUGGCAGUUAUGUAAUGGAUUAUUAUGAUACUUCAGGGUCUUUGUGAGCCACUGUGAAGAUUAUUCUAGCCAAUGAUAUGGAUAGAUUAGGAAAGAAGCUAAGACACUUUUAAAAAUUUGUGAAGUUCUAAAUAUAAAGUCUUAUUUUAUGAUAUUGACUUCACCCAGAAUCCGAAGAAAUAUCUUAAGACAUUGCUUAAGAAGCGUCUUAAUUUUCCAAAUGGAGUGAUGCUUGGCCACAAAAUAUUUUCUUUAAGCACUAAAAUUUAUAAGGGAGACAGGAUAUUCAGAAAUUUUGCUAAAAAUGUAUCCUUUAUCCAAACAGAUGUGAGGCUUGCCAAUUUUGAAAUAAGUUCCAAAAAUUUUGCUAAAAUUUUGUGCACUUUUGCUCGACUUGAGACUCUCAGAUUUAGAAGGUGUAAAAUAGUAGGAAUUAAUCAAAUAAACAAUGUUCUUACCAAAUCUAAAAUAUUAAGGAUUAUAUUCUUCCAAUGAGCUGGAGAAGAAUGGUUUCAAGAAGCUUGUCCAUCUUUUUUCAACAAAGAACAUUUAUACAAUAUCCUUAACAUUAUAUCAUGCUGAGUCUGUGUUGGUUCUCUGAAAGACAUAAGAUUUUCAGAAACACUCUUGAAUAGCGAAGAUUGAAGAGAAUUCAAAAAUCAACAUCCAAACUUUAGCCGAGUAAAAUUUGAUAUCUGACACAAAACAGAUUCUAUAAUUAUCUAAACUCUAUUAUCAAGCUUUUCAAUAUAA